AUGGGAAAGAGAAAUAGAAAGGGAAAAGAAAAUAAUGUUACUAAGAACGGUUUUCUGAAAGUGGGCAAGAUCAAAAACUCCAAUCCUGAAUUGGAGCUUCCAUCACAAGAGUACACAAGCAUUGAAGAAAAGGGAAGUUGCUCACCAAUCGACAUUCCAUUGAUUACAAAGAAACCUGAAACUACGAAAGCUGACAGCACUGUUUUUGAUUAUCCAACAAUAGGCGAUUUAGUUUCCUCUGUAGAGGAACUAUGUAUCUUAAAAGAAUUGGAGAUAGCAUUUCCAGAGGUAGGAAACACGUUGAUUAAAGCCAUCCUGAUUGCCUCUCAAGGAACUUUAGAGCCGGCUUUUAACUCUUUACUCUAUUACUCAAAUCCGGAGGAAAACACCGACUUUGCAUUACCAAUGAAACCAAUAAACGUGGAAGACCUUAGUAAAGUAGACGUGCGGGAGAUUUUACAGUGCGGAAUAUUGGAUUAUAUUGAAAACGAAGUUUCUGGUCAAGAAAUAGAUGGCUCCAUGAUGAUCUCGAAAAUUGGGUCAGAACGAAGUUCUUUGGGGGACCUUACUGACAACAUUAACAUUCCCAGGUCAAACAGAGAAAUCGCCGAAUCGACUAGGAACAUGGCUGUUGCAGAGGAGCACAGUGUAAAUUUAUCAAGGGAAGCUAGUGCACACAAGGGAGAAGAAAAGGGAGUUAGUAGCUUAAAAGGUGCCGCUGUGAAAGUUGCAACGAAGUCACUGAAGAGAAACCGCAUUCCCGUUACUGUGAAGAAGAACGGACCUUCGAACAAUUUAUUCGACGUUUUAAACUGCGAUGAAAGUGAGGAAGAAGAAGAGCAAAAUAUUGAAACUGAUGCAUCGGAUCAGGGAAAGAAGAGCCAAGGCGGAAAUACUGAAGUCCCGAAGACAUCAAAGACGGGUGACAACGCUCAGCGUGAUAGUACAAAUAAGUUACCUACCAACGACGACAGUGGAUACAAAUCUGCCUUUGGCACUGAUAGUUGUGGCCUAUUUGCAGCUGAUGGAAAAGAUGAAAAGCAGGUACAUCCACCCAGGAAGCAAGAAUUGAGUUUUACGUAG